CGGGCGGCGGAGGCGGCGCCCAGGCCAGGCCCAGGCCGAGGCCCAGGCCCAGGCGGGCGGGAGGCAGUUGAAGAUGGCGGACGAGACGGCGCUCGCCCUGGAGCCCGGCGCGGGCGGCGGAGGUCCCGGGGAGCCCGGCGGGGAGCCGCUCAGCAAGCGGCAGCGCAGGGACGGCCCGGGCCGGGGCUGGGGGGCGGAGCGGGCUGGCGGGGCGGGGAGCCCGGGCCCGGAGGCGGCGGCCGCCCCGCUCGGGGAGGCCUCGGACACGGCCGCCCCCGGCGGGGACAAUGGGCCGGGCCCGCGGGGCCUGCGGGGCCUGCUCCGGGAGCCGCCACCACCACCGCCACCGGACGACGACGACGACGACGAGGACGACGACGAGGCGGAGGAGGAGGAGGAAGAGGGGGGCGAGGACGAGGACGAGGCGGCGGCGGCGAUUGGCUACCGAGAAAAUCUCUUCAGUGAUGAAAUUCUUGCCAAUGGCUUUCAUUCCUGUGAUAGUGACGAGGAUGACCGAGCCUCUCACGCCAGCUCCAGUGACUGGACUCCCAGGCCUCGAACAGGUCCUUACGCUUUUGUACAGCAGCAUCUCAUGAUCGGCACAGACCCUCGGACCAUCCUAAAGGAUCUGUUGCCAGAAACAAUCCCACCACCUGAAUUAGAUGAUAUGACCCUCUGGCAGAUUGUUAUAAACAUCCUUUCAGAACCACCGAAAAGGAAAAAGAGAAAAGACAUUAAUACAAUUGAGGAUGCUGUGAAGUUAUUGCAGGAGUGCAACAAAAUCAUCGUUCUCACUGGAGCUGGGGUAUCUGUUUCCUGUGGAAUACCUGACUUCAGAUCAAGAGAUGGUAUUUAUGCACGCCUGGCGGUAGAUUUCCCCGACCUCCCCGAUCCUCAAGCAAUGUUUGAUAUCGAGUAUUUCAGAAAGGACCCAAGACCAUUUUUCAAGUUUGCGAAGGAAAUUUAUCCUGGGCAAUUCCAGCCAUCUCUCUGCCAUAAAUUUAUAGCCUUGUCGGAUAAGGAAGGAAAACUACUUCGAAACUACACUCAGAACAUAGACACACUGGAACAAGUUGCGGGGAUUCAGAGGAUUAUCCAGUGUCAUGGUUCCUUUGCAACAGCUUCUUGCUUGAUUUGUAAAUACAAAGUGGAUUCUGAAGCCGUGCGUGAUGAUAUUUUUAAUCAGGUGGUUCCUCGAUGUCCCAGGUGCCCAGCUGAUGAGCCACUUGCCAUCAUGAAGCCAGAGAUUGUAUUCUUCGGGGAAAACUUACCAGAGCAGUUUCAUAGAGCCAUGAAAUAUGACAAAGAUGAAGUUGAUCUCCUCAUUGUAAUUGGGUCGUCCCUGAAAGUAAGACCAGUAGCGCUGAUUCCGAGUUCCAUACCCCAUGAAGUGCCUCAGAUCCUGAUUAACAGGGAACCUCUGCCUCACCUGCACUUUGACGUUGAGCUUCUGGGGGACUGUGACGUCAUCAUCAAUGAGCUCUGCCAGCGGCUGGGUGGUGAAUACAGCCGCCUCUGCUCCAACCCGACAAAGCUUUCAGAGAUUACAGAAAAGCCGCCACGAACCCAGAGAGAGUUUGGAGCUCACUGGAUAGGACUGCCCCCCACGCCUCUUAAUAUUUCUGAAGACUCUAGUUCCCCCGGCAGAACUUCCCCGCCAGACUCGUGGGCAGCUGAGGGGAGACCUGGGGACACUGAGGAUGGGGCCGCAUCGAGGGGGGACUGCAAGGCAGAGAAGCCAGUGCCAGAGGGGCGAGCAUCUUCAGGACACCCUGCAAGUAUUACAGAACAGCUGGAGGAUCCUGGAGCCAACAGUGGGGAGAAUAGAGAGAAAAAUGAAAGAACUUCCGUUGUGGAAACACUGAGGAAAUGCUGGCCCAAUAGACUUGCGAAAGAGCAGAUCAGUAAGCGGCUUGAUGGUAACCAGUACCUCUUUUUGCCACCAAAUCGCUAUAUUUUUCAUGGCGCUGAGGUCUACUCAGACUCUGAAGAUGAUGUCCUGUCCUCCAGUUCUUGUGGCAGUAAUAGUGACAGUGGAACCUGCCACAGCCCCAGCCUAGAAGAACCUAUGGAGGAUGAGAGUGAGAUGGAAGAAUUCUAUAAUGGCUUAGAGGAAGACGCUGAAGUUCCCGAGAGAGGAGGACCUGGCUUUGUGUGUGACCGAGAUGAGCAGUGUGCAGUUAACGAAGCUGUGUCUGUCAAGGACGAGGCAGCUGAAGUUGACCAGUCAUCAAACAGAUUAUAAUGUCGUCUUUGCCUGGUUACAGGAACUUUUCCACCAGCAUUAGGAACUUUGGCAUGUCAGAAUGAGUGCUUACUUCUGAGCUUAAGAGAGCAAGGAAAACUAUAAGGGUGUGGUGUUUAUAGAAAGUUAAACCAGAUUUUCAUGUAUAAUUUUUACUUUUUCAGUAAUUCUAUAAUUGUACACUCAACACUAACUUUUUUAAAAGAAAGAUAAGGUACUAAGUAUCUUUAGUCAGCUGUUAGUCACUAUGUUCACUUUUUUCCAAGAUCCAUUUUGUGUGAUAAUGCAUCUGUAUGUAUAUAUAGUUUUUUGGGGGGGGUGGGGGGGUACCUAGUGAAUUUCAGCAUUUUAAAGUUUUGCAAAAGCCAUUGGAUGUUAAAUUAAUAUAAAGGGAACAGCUAAUCUAGACCAAAGACUGGUAUUUUACACAAUUUUUUCCUUUGUAACAUUUUGAAUGGUUGUUUCACACCUUCAUGCUUCUGUUCUGCUAAAUUUUUAUUCAACAAAAUAGCGCCCCCCCUCCCCUUUUAAAAAACACUGGCAUUUUCAAAGACUUUAGUGGCAGCUAACUUUAAUUUUUGGUCUCAAAAACACAUAAUGUUUGUAGAUUGAAGCUUUUGAUACCUGGGAAAGCACAGAAGGUCUUUGCUUUUCAUAAGACAUGGGGCUGAAGAGAUGAUGAGGAAUACAAUGAAGGCUUUUUCAAAUUUCCUGUGGAUGGGUUAGCAUUGUCUGUAUUGGCUCAUAAAGCUAACAUGGAAAAAAAAAACUUGGUUAAAAAUGCUUUGGAAAUGUUUCAGUAUGAGGUGCCUAGCUGGAUCCCCUCAGUUUAGAAGAUAUCUUACCAUUAUUGUGUAAAUACCUAUCACUGUGGUACAGCUUGCAUUGGUCCUUUCCAUAAAUAUUAAACUGCCAAGAUGUGAAUAUGCAAAGCUUGUCUGAAUCUAUAAUAAUGGUACUUCUAACAGGGGAGAGUAUUCUCUCUCAUCUCUGUCUUUAUCUACAUAGAUACACACACACACACAUAUUUUUUUUUGGACUGCUGUUUUCCCUUCCCCAAAUACCACAGAAAGUGACAGGAAGCUGAUUAUAAUUCCAAAGUAAUGCAACAUUUCAGUAUAGUCUGCCAUAAAGUAUGCCUCCUGGAGGUCAUGCACAGCUCCUAUUUUGGAGGAUUUGGUAUCUCAGAAAUGCCAGUUUCUAAUCUAGUAUGACAGAGAGCUUGCCAUGAUGCAGAGGGUCCCUAGCAGCAUGGUCAAUGAAUGGAACUAGUUCCUAUAAUGUAGCUUUGUUUAAAUGUCAUGUAGCCUGCCUUAAAACUACAUCUCAGUUCCUCAGCUAUAGAUUUUCCAGCUUUCUGAAGUUCAUAUUUUAUAAAAUUGCACAAUAAAACAUUUAUUUUCCAAACCACUUUCUCAACAUGACCCAAAAACUACAUAUUAUUCAUACUCUGCUUUAAUAUUUAUUACAGUGUUUAGUAUGGGUUUUGAAAUUGUAGCUGUUCUUUAAGCAUAAGACACCAAUUAGAACCAUAACUGCCAGAGAAACUGAAAUUUGUGUUUUAAGAAUGGACUUUUGUUAAUCUAAAAAGAUGUUGGCAUGUUGUCUUGAAGUCUAAAUUCUAGAAGAUCUCAGACCUCAUUUGCAUUUGGUUCCAUUAAGGAAUGCAGUAUGUUUAGUUUUUAUUUGCAUGAUACAGUGUGUUUGUGCUAUAGAUGAUAUUUUAAAUGGAAAGAUUUCUGUUUUAAAUUAUUUUUACAGUGAGGAUUGUUUUCAGCUCUUUUUAUAUUGUGUGUAUAUAUAUAUAUACAUAUAUAUAUAUAUAUAGUGUCUUUUAUGUAAUCUACUGGCAUAUGUUUUGUAGACUGUUUAAAAUGACUGGCUCCCUGCAACUUUUGAAAUACAAAACCAGUGUUUUAUACUUGUACAUCCUGUUAAAGUCUAUUAAAAAUUGUCAUUUGAUUUUUUUUCUUUCAGUUAAAACACUUGCAUUUUUCCAAGUAUACUAAUCAAUUGAUGAAACUGAGGUGUUUUCCCACCUCUCCUUUGAGUAAAUAGCUCACUUUAAACAGCAAACACCUUGGUAUUCCUAAACUGUCCUGGACCAUUACAGCAGGAACUUUUAAUAGGUGAAGAAACUUAGGCCCCUCAGGGAUUAAAUGGAUGUCUGAUUUUGAUUAAUGGCAGAGGCAGGAGUAAAACCCCAGUUUCCUAAGAUUCCUAGCCCCAAGGCUGCCACAUGACUGCUGCUUGUGUAUCUCUCUCCUGUACUGGCCUACAAGUGCCAGUUUCAGGGCAUGGGUGUUAAUGCCAGGAUCCCAUUUGUUUUAAUGACACCUUCAGUUUAACUAUGAAUGAAGCUGAGUUUGACAUACUAGGGGAAGACAGUGCAAUGGAAUGGGGACAAUGGAAGUGCCUACAACUUGAGGACACUGAAAAGUUACUCUGGGAGAAGACAUUACUGUGGCUGCCAUUCAGCCUAUGCCCACAUUCUCAGGAUCGAUCUCUCUACUAGAGAUUGUGUUUGUUGGAUGUGUUAUAAAGCUGUUUUGUUCUUGGUAACAAACUCAUUGCAACCUGCUCAUGUCCACCAUGCCAGCUUCUUUUAGGAAGGGAAAAUACUGAUUUUAAAAGAGAUGGGCUUUUGUAGUAGAGAACAAUUUGGAGUUACUAGAAGUACUGAACAGUUUUCAAAACAGUCCAGUUUGAUCUCUGCCCAGCUCAGCACCCUAAUUCGUGUUCAUUGUUAGGGACUGAACUGGUUCACCUUUGCACUAUUUUAUUAAAAGGAUGUGGUAAGGAAUAGUUAUGAUAUUACGGGGUGUUGUAACUUACCUGAAAGAAAUGUCAAAUAUACUUUGGAUGUACACUUUAUGUUGAAUUUAUUAGACAUAUUAGACAAAUAUAGUAUGUAAUUUAAUAAAUAAGCAUUUCUUUUAAAAUAAUUAUUUAGCUUCUACGUUAGGUCUUACCAAGUAGUAUGGGACAGACACACACACACACACACACACGCGCGCGCACAAAUCCCAAGAAACAAUUAAGUGUUCCCUUAUUUCUUUGAUUUUUUUAAAGUAGAUGACUGAAAAGCGAUCAAUAAAGCAGAAAACCAUGCUAAUCUGAUAAGCUCAAAGAGACAUCAUUAAGGUGUUACAAGCAUUUAUAGAACAAGGAGUAGGUGGCAGAAACAGGGCUGCUUUAAGGUCCCUCAGAUGGUUUUUUUAGAUUCAAACUUCAAGGAAGCCCUGACCUAGACAGAGAACCUGAUGGAUGGAGGGAGCUGGGUAGUAAUCGACUCCUCCCCUCGCCAGGCUCUGAGCCAGCCUACCAAAAGAACCCACCCAAGGGUGCCACUUGAAGGUUGUCUCCUACAGAUGGCUUCAUUGGGACUCACUCCUGGAACUGUGGAAGGAGACCAGGAGUAGCGAUCACUGACACUUUCCAAUAGAGCUCAGCCUGUCUAAAUUAUGUUCUGAGCUGGACUCAGAAUUGGAAGGGGUAUGGGUAGCCAGAGGACAGAAGAGCCCUAAAUGCCUAAGGAAAAAGAAGGAAGGGAAACGUGAAGGUAUGAAAGUUGGGAGAUGAAAGACAAGAUCUGGGUAAGGGAGCAUGGAAAGGUAGGGCCCAGAAUCGUGCCUCUGCGUAGACUGUUUAGUGGUGGUAUGUGUCAUCCAUACCAUGAUCCCUGGAAUCAAAGGGCAAUCUCGUUGGGGAGACAAAUGGGAGAAAAUCUGGUCCUAAACUCUAGUAUUACUUGUAUACAAGCCAUUUUGAGGGUCAGCAGAGAGUCAGGAGGUGGCCACUGGGCGUAGGGGCUUUUCUGAGGCAGUAAGUGGAAUAUGCUUUUAAUUCAGGACUUGAAAACUGUCUUCCUUCCAUUCACUUAGUAUGAAAUAAGUUUUUUACAUAAAACUGUUGGAAAUAACAAGUAUCUUAAGUCUGCAUAAAUUGCCAUAAACUGGAAAAAUGCCAGUGAGUGUGGGUCCUUAUAUGUGCUAAUGAGAGCAGGAUGUCUUUCCUGUCUUUGGUGUAAAUCUGUUGAUAAUAAACUACUGUUAAGUUUUUGAAAUUGCACUUCUGAUAUUAAAAUAUUUUAAUUUAA